AUGAAGUCGAUCACGGCUCUUCUCGUUUUCCUGGCCAUCCCCUGCAUUGGUGGUCAAGCACCAUGGGGUCAGCUUCCUCCUGGCGUCACCCUCCCCGUCCAACCAACACAACUCAGCAUUCCCCACAACGUGGUUAAAAGCUUCGAGAAGGAAAUUUCUCAGCGCAAAGGCUUUCAAGUCACUUGGGAAAACUCCCAGACCGACCGUCGAUUUGGGGUGGACCACGACUGGAUGAGCACAGCUCUUCAGCAUUGGCGUGACCAGUUUUCAUGGAGAGACGUUGAAGCGGGCAUCAACCGGCACCCUCAUUUCAUGACGAAUCUCACUGUCGACACUACAGAACUACGAGUUCACUUCAUGGCUCUCUUCUCCAAAAAGACCGACGCCAUCCCGAUCGCCUUCUUCCACGGCUGGCCAGGCAGCUUCCUUGAGUUCAUGGACAUAUUCGACAUUGUCAGGUCACGGUACGAUCCAGAGUCGAGUCCCUAUCACUUGAUAGUCCCAUCACUCCCAGGAUUCACCUUUUCAAGUGGUCCGCCCAUCUACUCAAACUGGGGCAUCGCCAAUACAUCUGCUGUGAUGGACAGCUUGCUACAAGGCCUGGGGUUCGGCAAUGGUUAUGUAGCGCAGGGAGGUGACAUUGGAUCCUUUGUUGCUCAAACACUCGCGCUAUCAUCAUCUAGUUGCAAGGCCGUGCAUUUAAACUUUAUCCCCAGCGUUCAACCUCCAGGUGUGCCAGACCCUCAGAAUGACACCUCGCUCACACCCCAAGAUCUUAAAGUCCUAGCUCGGUCACAAGAAUUCGUCAACACAAAGCAAGCUUACGCCCUAGAGCAAGGCACUAGGCCAGCAACACUUGGCUUCGUGCUGAGUCACAGCCCGGUCGGCCUCUUGGCUUGGAUCGGAGAGAAAUUCCUCGCAUGGACUGACCCAUCAAGAACCCUGUCACUGGACCAGAUCCUCACGCACAUUUCUACUUAUCAUCUCACUCAAACCAUCUCACGAAGCUUCUACGCCUACCGCGAGACUUCUUACUCGCUCUAUCCUGAACCGGCCACAGCUCCUCGAAUUGAGAAACCGAUGGGAUACAGCCGGUUCCCCUAUGACAACUCUGGAGUGCCAGAGUCUUGGGCCAAGGAGGUUGGAAACCUGGUCUUUUACAAGGCGCAUGAGCGCGGUGGACACUUUCCGGCUUUGGAGUACCCCGGGGUUCUCUGGGAGGAUGUUGAAUCGUUUGUCCAGCAGACGUUCCUAGACUCGACUAUGUAA